AUCAUUUAUUGACACAUUCUGGUAAGUGUCCUUAUAAGUGCACUACAUGUGGAAAAUCCUUUAAAACCAGCAGCAACAUGAAGAUUCAUACAUUGGUUCACACAGGAGAGCGACCUUACUUGUGCAUUAUAUGUGGAAAAUCCUUCCAAACCAGCAGCCAUAUAAAGAUUCAUACAAUGGUUCACACGGGAGAGCGACCUCAUAAGUGCACUUUAUGUGGAAAAUCCUUCAAAACCAAAGAAGAUAUGAAGAUUCAUACAUUAGAUCACACAGGAGAGCGACCUCAUAAAUGCAUUACAUGUGGAAAAUCCUACAAAACCAAGACAGAAAUGAAGAUUCAUACAUUGAUUCACACGGGAGAGCGACCUCACAAGUGCCCUACAUGUGAAAAAUCCUUUAAAACCAGCAGCGAUAUGAAGAUUCAUACAUUGGUUCACACGGGAGAGCGACCUCAUAAGUGCCCUACAUGUGAAAAAUCCUUCAAAACUAAGAAAGAUAUGAAGAGUCAUACAUUGGUUCACACGGGAGAGCGACCUCAUAAGUGUCCUACAUGUGAAAAAUCAUUCAAAAGCAGGGGCAAUAUGAAGAUUCAUACAUUGGUUCACACGGAAGAGCGACCUCACAAGUGCACUACAUGUGGAAAAUCCUUCAAAUCCAAGCAAGAUAUUAAGAUACAUACAUUGGUUCACACGAGAGAGCGACCUUAUAAGUGCAUUACAUGUGGAAAAUCCUUCCAAACCAGCAGCAAUAUGAAGCUACAUUCAUUGCUUCACACCAAAGAGAGACCUUAUAAGUGCACUAUAUGUGGAAAAUCCUUUAAAACCAGCCGCUAUUUGAAGAGACAUUCAAUAAUUCACACUGGAGGGACCUCAUAAGUCAUGAGUGCACCGCAUCUGGAAGAUCCAUCAAAAAUAGCUUAAAUAUGACUUCAUUCAUUAUGUGUUCAUUCAUUUCAUUCGAUUUUGAUUUAGUUCUUAAAUUCUACCUUUAAGAAAAUGAAAAAUGUCUUGAGCAUUUCAUGGUCACUAAAAAUGUUUCCCCUACUCACUGGUUAUUUAGUCCUUAAAGAUCCAUCAGAUUUGGGGGUUCCUUUAGGGAAACACAUCACAAAAAAUUCACACAUGCACAUAUCUCGUGACAUUGGGGCUACAGAAUACCACGGAAAUGCGAAAUGAUCCUUCUCAGGAACCUAAUACACAUCCAUUGAAUCCUAAUCCUAAGUAGUAUCAAUUGUUAAUAAGACAAAUAAGA